UGUUUUGUUUACUUCAAAUGCGGUCGACGUAGGAAAAAACGUGCAUGUUAUUUUGAACAAAAAGGAGAAAAUGGGGAAAAAAGUUUACAAUGCAAAGGCCAGGCAACAAAAAGAGAUUGUUGUGGAUAAUUCGGCACUUAAGAAUGUGAAGUUGGACUUAAACGAGUUGGGAGGGUCUGGAGGCUACGAUGAAUCAAAUGCCUUGGUAUUGCCCUCACAAAAGCGUGCCACCAAGGUUAAAGUGGAGCACAAACAAAAUGUUAAGAUUUUAACUAAGAAACAGCGAAAACAUUUGCAAGCCAUAGUGGACAAGAAGAAAAAGAAGGAAGGGCGUGCUGAGCUAUUGGAAGCCUUGGCCAAAGUUCAAGUGGAUGAAAAGGAGCUGAAACAAUACACAUCCAUAAGUCAAGCACAAACUGUGGGUGUAAAGAAAUUGGAUACUCUAGAUGAAUUAAUGGCCAAAAAAUUACAAAGGCAAAAGAUACCCCAAGUUGCAGCUGGAACGAAAAUAAGCUCCAUAAAAGGGGCAGCCAAAAGAAAAUUGCUCAUAGAAGAAGAAGCUGAUAUAGAAGCUAAGAAGAGGAAUCCCAAUAUAGUGGGAAUGGAGGAAAGUAGCAGUGACGAGGAUGAUGAUGAGGAAGACGAAGACGAAGAGGACACAGACAAUGAUAUAGAAGAGCAGGAUAAGGAAGGCCCAAAGGAAAAUCUCGAGCAAAAAGAGGAAGAAAAAGUUGCAGUCGAAAAGACAUCACUUAGUGCAACUUCAACUCAAGAGACAAAACAGAAAUCCCUUAACGAGCCUUUAAAGUCUCACACAGCCUCUACUUCCAAAGAAGCCAAAAAGUCUGCUCAAGCUUUGGCUGCUGUCAGACCCACUGUUUAUGUGCCCGUACUUCGAAAUCCUGAAAUUCAGGCAGCCCGCUUGAAAUUGCCCAUUCUUGCUGAAGAACAGCAAGUAAUGGAGGUCAUCAAUGAGAAUAACAUCAUUAUUGUAGCUGGUGAAACAGGUUCGGGCAAAACCACACAAAUACCUCAGUUCCUUUAUGAAGCAGGCUAUUGUGAAAAUGGCAAAUUGAUUGGCAUUACUGAACCUAGACGUGUGGCUGCAAUAGCCAUGUCCAAACGUGUUGCCACCGAAAUGAACCUAAGCGAUAAAGAAGUUUCCUAUCUCAUAAGGUUUGAGGGUAAUGUCACGCCAGAAACCAAAAUCAAAUUCAUGACUGAUGGUGUAUUGCUGAAAGAGAUUGAAUCGGAUUUUCUAUUGAAAAACUAUUCGGUUAUCAUACUGGAUGAGGCCCACGAAAGAAGUGCCUAUACUGAUAUCUUAGUAGGUCUUUUGUCAAGAAUUGUGCCGCUUAGAUUGAAAAGAGGAGGAAAUCCUUUGAAAUUGAUAAUCAUGUCUGCCACCUUAAGGGUGGAAGACUUCACAGGCAAUACCAAGCUGUUUAAAACACCUCCCCCUCUGCUAAAGGUGGAGGCCAGACAAUUUCCGGUAACAGUGCACUUUCAAAAGCAUACUCCUGAUAAUUAUGUGGAGGAGGCCUAUAGGAAAACCGUUAAAAUACACUCCCAACUGCCCGAGGGAGGUAUUUUAAUAUUUUUAACCGGUCAACAGGAAGUUAAUCAAUUGGUGCGUAAGUUAAGAAGAACUUUUCCUUAUAAGGCUGAACUUAUUAAGGCGAAAGAAGAUGCAAAACUCGAGAAACAAGAGCAGGAAGAAACUGAUAUGAAAUCGUUCCACAACUCCGAUGACGAGUUCGAUAUGAAGCGAGCCAUACGCAAUGUACGGAAAUCUAAGAAAAAAUUUCUAAAUCAAUUGGCCUUACCCAAAAUUAAUUUGGAUGAUUACAAAUUACCCGGUGAUGAUACUGAGGCUGAUCUUUUGGAAGAUCAAAACUCUGAUUAUGACAGCGAAGAUGAAACGCCAGAGGGUCAUUUAGAUGAUGAUGAAGAAGAAAGAGAAGGUCAAUCCAUUCAAAUGGAUGAGGAUACAGCGGCGGCUACCACUCGCCAACCCUUGUGGGUCUUACCUUUAUAUUCGUUGUUGUCCACAGAAAAGCAAAAUCGUAUAUUUCAGCCUCCUCCCGAGGGUUGUCGUCUUUGCAUAGUCAGCACCAAUGUUGCUGAAACCUCACUCACCAUACCCAACAUUAAAUAUGUGGUGGAUAGUGGAAAACAGAAAACUCGUCUCUAUGAUAAGAUUACUGGGGUCAGUGCCUUUGUGAUUACCUAUACCUCCAAGGCCUCUGCUGAUCAGCGAGCAGGUCGUGCUGGUCGUGUUAGUGCUGGCCAUUGUUAUCGCCUUUAUUCCAGUGCUGUUUACUCCAAUGAAUUUGAGGAUUUCUCUAUGCCUGAUAUACAGAAAAAACCUGUUGACGAUUUAAUGCUGCAAAUGCGUUGUAUGGGCAUAGAUCGUGUGGUUAACUUUCCCUUCCCCUCACCUCCAGAUGUGGUGCAGUUAAAAGCCGCUGAGCAGCGCUUGGUCAUAUUAGGUGCCUUAGAAAAAGUUCCUGAAACACAAAACUCCAAGGAAGUGCCACCUAUAGUCACCCGCUUGGGCCAUGUCAUAUCACGUUUUCCAGUGGCCCCAAGAUUUGGCAAAAUGUUGGCCCUUUCCCAUCAGCAAAAUCUGCUGCCCUAUACUGUGUGUUUGGUAGCUGCCUUAUCGGUGCAGGAAGUAUUGGUUGAGGUGAAUUUCGAUCGUGAAAAGGAUGAUGGCUCUUUGAUGCUAAGCAAAUGGCAAAAGAAACGCUCAUCUUGGGCUUCCAGUGGCAAUUAUCAAUUGCUGGGUGACCCAAUGGUCUUAUUGCGGGCUGUUGGAUCUGCUGAGUAUGCUGGCUCUAAGGGAGAACUUGUUAAGUUCUGUGCCGAUAAUGGCCUACGUCAUAAAGCUAUUUCAGAAGUGCGUAAACUUAGGGUGCAACUGACCAAUGAAAUAAAUCUAUCUAUUUCAUCAGUAAAUCUAUGUGUAGACCCCUCCAUGUCUCCACCAACAGAUGCCCAGGCCCGUUUUCUAAGACAAAUAUUGCUCUCCGGCAUGGGUGACAGAGUAGCACGCAAAGUACCCCUGGAGGACAUAAGUGAUAAGGAGGAAAAACGUCGUUUGAAAUAUGCCUACAAUUGUAUGGAUAUGGAAGAACCAGUCUUCAUGCAUUCCUCUUCAGUGCUCAAACAAAAACUACCCGAAUGGGUUAUAUAUCAGGAAGCAUAUGAAAUACAAAAUGGUGAUUCAAGUAAAAUGUUCAUUAGAGGCAUAACUGCCAUAGAACCUGAAUGGUUGCUCACAUAUGUGCCACUGUUGUGUAAUAUCAAAGCUAUCAAAGAAGAUCCUUUGCCACGAUACAAAGAAGAUGAGGGAAAAAUCUAUUGCUAUGUGGAUGCUACAUUUGGCAAGGCGGGUUGGGAUUUGCCUUUGGCCGAAAUUGAAAUGCCUUUGGAAGAGAAGGCCUUUUGCUACUUUGGCAUGUUUGUUUUAGAUGGUGUAGUAUGCCCCAAAUUACAGCCUUUUAAAUCUAAGUUGAAGUCUACCCCCAGUUCUUUGACUAAAAGUUGGUCCAAUCUAAAUGAUGGUUUGGUCAAGUUUAAACGUUGUUUUAUAGUGAAACAAAUCAAUACCAGACAAAAACUCUUUGAGGAAUGGGAAAGAGAUCCCAACUUUUUACUUCAUGAGUACCAAAACCUUCUUUACGAUGUAUCCCUGUCGGAAUUGAUGCCAAUAUGGCCACCAAACAAAUUAGAUUAAUUGUUUUUUUUUUUUAAUAAAUUUUUAAAAUACUAA